AUGCAUCGAUCGUCUAUUUAUCACAGCGGGAAAAUACUUACAGACACCCCUCUUCGCACCGAAGAACAAGUUUGUUUCAGACAUAAUGAACAGGGUAGUCAAGCAGAAGCUACAAGGUAUGACUACACACUGGCUCGUGAGUACAACUGGAAUGUGAAGAACAAGCUGACGCGAGGCUACGAGGAGACCUACUUCAUGGUGUUCAGGGAAGAUGGGUGUUACUACAAUGAGCUGGAAACCAGAGUGCGGUUGAGCAAGCGUCGUAAGACAGCAGGAGCACAGGUUGCCCGAUCUCGAUUGGUAGUCAAACACAGGGAUCUGAACGACAGAGAACUGCAAGCCCAGGAUGUGAGGUUGAUGAUGUUGGAGCCACCGCAGGAUGAAGAGGAGGAGGAGGAGGAAGAGGAGGAAUUCAUACAGACCACAAACAAUGAUGACGAGUUCCCAAGUCCUAAAGGCAGUGGUCGUAGAUCAAGGUCAAGGAGCAGAUCCAGUUCAAGGUCUCGUUCUGGAUCACGCAGUGGAAGUGGAUCAAGAUCUAGAAGCCGUAGUCGAAGCAAUAGCAGAUCAAGAAGUCGCAGUCGAAGCAAAUCUGGAAGUCGCAGUAGAAGUAGAUCAAGAUCUGGGUCAAGGUCACUGUCCAGAAUAGAAGUAGGUAACGUAGUGGCAGCAGGAGUGUUAGUCGUACCCCAAGCAGAUCUAGAUCAAGGUCAGGCAGUCGCAGCAAAAGUAGGUUAA